AUGAACGCACCAGACCGCUACGAGUCCUUUGUGCUCGCCAAUGGCGAAAGCAAAGUGGAGAUGGAAAUUGAUACCCGUAUUCCAUCCUCAGCCAUCUUCACCUUCAAUAAAGAAGACCACACCCUGGGUAAUCUGAUCCGCGCUCGUCUGUUGCAGAGCGCUCACGUUCUCUUUGCGGCCUACAAGGUUCCCCACCCUUUAGUUCCCAAAUUUGAACUGCGCGUCCAAACCGACGGUGAAAUCGCUCCCAAGGAGGCCGUAGUGGCCGCCUGUCACGAGCUGGUUCGGGACUUGGGGAUUCUUUCUCGCGAGUUUACCAAGGAGUACGAACUACGGAAGAUGGUGGGAGCAACUCAGCAGCAGCAGAACGGGGCUGCGGACGGAAUUUAG